AUGAAUCCAAGUGCUCCAAGUGCUCCGAUGGCCUUGUUGUACGUAGUUGAUCUUCAUCCAGACGUUACGGAGGCCAUGCUAUUCGAGAAACUGAGCCCUGCUGGUCUAAUUGUCUCCAUCCGAGUGUGUGGGGACAUGAUGACCAGUCGCUCACCUGGAUAUGCAUACGUGAACCUUCAGCAGCCAGCAGAUGCUGAGCGUGCUUUGGAUAUGAUGAACUUUAACGUCAUCAAAGGCAGGCCUAUGCGCAUUAUGUGGUCCCAGAGAGACCCCUCUCUGAGGAAGAGCAGAAUUGGCAACAUCUUCCUCAAAAACCUGGACAAGUCUAUUAACUGCGGAGCCCUUUACGACACAUUCCCCAACUUUGGAAACAUCCUUUCCUGCAAGGUGGCGUGUGAUGAGAAUGGCUCUAAGGGCUACGGCUUUGUGCACUUUGAGACCGGCGAGGCUACAGAGAGAGCCAUUGAGAAACUUAAUGGCAUGUUGCUCAAUGACCGCAAAGUGUUCAUGUCUCGCAAGGAGCGUGAGGCUGAGAUGGGGGCCAAGGCCAAGGAGUUCACCAAUAUGUACAUCAAGAACAUUGGAGAGGACAUGCAUGACAACAAGCUGAAUGAGAUCUUCAGCAAGUUCGGCCCAACGCUGAGCCGUCGCGUCAUGACAGACGAGAGCGGCAAGUCCAAGGGCUUUGGCUUUGUGAGCUUCGAGAGGCACGAGGAUGCCAAAAGGGCUGUGGAUGAGAUGAAUGGGAAGGAGUUGAAUGGGAAGCAGCUGUAUGUGGCUCGUGCCCAGAAGAAAGGCGAGAGGCAGACAGAGCUCAAACGCAAGUUUGAGCAGAUGAAGCAGGACGGCACGACUCGCUACCAGGGAGUGAACCUGUACGUUAAAAACCUAGACGACAGUCUGGACGACAAGCAUCUGCGUAAAGAGUUCUCUCUAUUCGGGACAAUCACGAGUGCCAAGAUAAUGACGGAGGGCGGCCGCUCCAAAGGGUUUGGCUUUGUUUCGGCAACCGAGGCGGUAAAGGAGAUGAAUGGGUGCAUCAUAGGCACCAAGCUGCUGUACGUGGCCCUGGCACAGCGCAAGGAGGAGCGGCAGGCCCACCUCACCCACCAGUACAUGCAGUGCAUGGCCAGCGUGAGUACCGUGCCCAACCCAGUGCUCAACCCCUACCAGCCCGCCCCGCCCUCCGGCUACUUCAUGGUGGCCAUUCCACAGGCUCAGAACUGGGCUGCCUACUACCCGAGCAGCCAAUUGGCACAGCUCCACCCCAGCACCCCCUGGACCACACACAGCAUACAGCCACAGCAUUUCCAGAACAUGCCGAGUACCAUCAGGCCCGCUGCAGACCAAUCUCUAGGCCAGGAACCUCCCACUGCCUCCGUGCUGGCUCUGGAACCUCCGCAGGAGCAGAAGCAGAUGUUGGGGAAAAUCACGGGUUUGCUCCUGGAGAUCGACAACUCUGAGCUACUGCAUAUGCUGGAGUCUCCUGAGUCUCAUUGA